AUGUCGACUGCUAUUGAAACAAAAACUCGACGACGUGACUUGGUGUUUGGAAUCGCGUUUAUAACACGUAUUUUACUUUUUCAGUUUUCUGAAAUAACUAAUGUGUUAGCGAGUAGGGUAGAAGUUGUCACGCCAGUUACAAGCUUCACGAGACUUACCGAAGGCCUCUACCUAUUUCAAAAUGGUGUUCCACCUUAUGACGGUGGUGUUUUUCAUCAAGCACCACUCUUACUAGCAUUUUUUCAACCGCUAAGCUAUCUUCCAGAUCAAUUUACAUCUUUAACAUAUAUACUGGUUGAUCUCUUACUGGGGUAUCUCUUGAGUCAAAUCUCACGAACAAAAGAACAAUUGUAUAAAGAUUUGCCACGUGUUGAUGAUAUUGAAUUAAUUGAUGAUAAUAAAAGUGAAGGUGAAAAUGAAGAGCCAAGUUGGGUUGUAGCUGGACUAUAUCUUUUUAAUCCACUUACGAUAGCGACUUGUCUAUCAAAAUCUACCAUAACAUUUACUAAUUUGGCGAUUGCAUUGGGAACUUUUUAUUCUCUUAAAGGUGGUAUAAUGGCUGUAUUUAAAUCAUAUCCAUCAAUUGGUGACGCGUCUUUCUAUCUCGGAUUUUUGCCGAUAUAUUCGGAAAUUGUGAAAUACAUGCGAUACAACUUUUUCACUACAAAUAUAUUCCUCUAUUCGUCGGUACUAGCGCCGAUUUUCUAUCAUUUAUGGAUAUACGCUGGGAGCGGAAAUGCAAAUUUCUUUUACGCAAUCACACUAGUAUAUAGUGUUGGUAAUAUCAUUUUGUUGGUGGACGCGACAUUUGCGAUGUUACGACGCGAAUUUGACGUUUGGAAUCCAAAGUUACGGUAUUCUGAGGUUAUGCAGCGUUGA